AGCCUUCUCUUGGGAAUGCAAGCCCAGGAGGCUCGGCUGCAUCCGAUGACCAUGAGUUUGACCCCUCAGCCGACAUGUUGGUUCACGAGUUUGAUGACGAGCGGACUUUGGAGGAGGAAGAGUUAAUGGAGGGCGAUGUGAACUUCAGCUCUGAGAUUGAGCACUUGGAAAGGGAGAGUGAGAUGCCAAUUCAUGAGUUAUUAAGACUUUAUGGCUACGGUAGCACAGUACCUCUACCUGGAGAAGAGGAGGAGGAAGAAGAGGAUGAUGAGGAAGAGGAGGACAAUGAUGGGAACAGCGGAUGCAGCGGGGAGAAUAAAGAUGAAACUGUCAAAGAUUCAUCUGGUCAAGAAGAUGAGGCUCAAUCCUCUGAUGAGCCAGCGCCAUCUGCUACUCAAGACGCACCAGAAGUUACCCGGUCUCGGCGAUGCAAGUACUUUGAUACCAAUAACGAAAUAGAAGAGGAGUCUGAAGAUGACGAAGAUUAUAUUCCUUCAGAAGACUGGAAAAAA